AAUCUGUACAACAUCUUCAUCACUCAAUACUUCAACUUCCUCCUUUCUUCUUUUCUACUGAGCUUGAGGUUCUGGCCAUCGGUGCAGUUGGUGGCUUAGUGUCCUCACUGUCACAGGUUUCCCUAAAAUGUCGACUGUUUCAGUCCCAACUUCCUGCACCAUCAAAACCCACAUGAGAAUCCGAGGCCCAUCUGCCCUCAUCAAGGGCCCUUCAUCCCUAGGAUUUAGUACUAAGAACAACUUAAAAGCAUUUGGCCUGAAGUCGCCAAGCUGUUUUAGAGCAACUGCUAUGGCUACAUACAAGGUGAAGCUCGUGGGGCCAGAGGGGCAGGUGCAUGAGUUCGAGGCCCCAGAUGAUGCCUACAUCCUGGACUCAGCUGAGGCGGUGGGGUUGGAACUGCCUUACUCUUGCCGAGCUGGGGCAUGCUCAACAUGCGCGGGACAAAUAAUGAGCGGCUCUGUCGACCAAUCUGAUGGAUCUUUCCUCGAUGAAUCACAGAUGGAGAAAGGAUAUGUGCUGACCUGUGUUUCAUAUCCUACCUCUGAUUGUGUGAUUCACACUCACAAGGAGAGUGAACUAUAUUGAUGUUACUGUUGUUAAAAGAUUCAGGGUGUUCAAAGUAUGAUAUCGUAUCUGACGGAAGAGCUUAUGCUUUUCCGUGCGCUUUGAGAUACUGGAAGCUAAUGUUAGAUUUUAGUUCUAGUCUGUUAUCUGAAUGCAAUUGCGUUAUUGAGAAUCAUUGUGGUGUGUUUGUAUGAAAGUUAAUGUGAUCCAUAUUGGUUAUGUGCAGCUCAA